AUGGACCGAACAAACCCUAGCAGCCAAACCCAACACAGACCCAUCUACGGCUCAACCACCAACCAACGAAGCAACAACACAAUUAACCAUCCAAUCGCAUCUCUUCUCCGUCAACUACAAUCACACGUUCCUAAUUACUCCGGCCAAUCCUUCGGCUUCCUCGCACUCUUCAUCUCCGGUGGAAUCCUUCUCUUACUCACCGGAAUCACCGUCACAGCUUUCGUCCUCGGAUUCAUUGCUUUCCUUCCACUUAUCAUCAUCUCAAGCCCUAUUUGGAUCCCUUUGUUCUUCCUCGUUACCGGAUUCUUGUCCUUCGCCGGUUUUCUCUUUGGUACGGCGGCUGUUGUGUCGUGGACGUACCGGUAUUACAAAGGCAUGCAUCCGGUCGGGUCGGAUCAGGUGGAUUAUGCUCGGUCUCGGAUCUAUGACACGGCGGCUCAUGUUAAAGAUUAUGCUGGUGGGUACUUCCACGGUAAGGUGAAAGAUGCUGCCCCUGGUGCAUGA